AAUGUCAAGCUGGGAUAUUAUCUAUGAAAAGAUCCACUUCAGACAUGACCCUAAAUGGAGCGGCAGGCUGGGGCCCGCAGAGGGUGGCGGCCUGCUGCUCUGUGUGGCCUGUGUCAUCGAGAUGAUCCAGAGUGAUGAAACUGCGGCAGUGAGGAAAUCAUUUGUUCUGUCUGGUAUCAGUGGGGUGCUGAGGUGUUCCCCUGGGGCCUUGAGAGAGCUACUACAGCAGGACCACAGAGUCUGUCUUCAUUUCACAGCAUCUCUACUCGAGAUGCUUCACUCCAUGGAAGACUCAACCACUCUGGGUAAGGUUGACCAAGUGUUGGUUCAGCUGCUGUUAGAGCUCCAGAGUGAGCCGUGCUACCGCUUUAUUUUGGAUGAGACACACAAACAGAUCAGCGACCAGCUUAGUAUGAAGAGACUUGGGCCUGUUUUCAACUUCUUGGGGAACCUGGUAGAAGCAGUCCCUAACAUUACCCAUACACUGAUGACUCAGUACGCACCUCUACUGGAUCACCUGUGCUCUGCUCUGCUGUACCCAGAUGAAGCACUCAAGGCCUCAACCAUGUAUUUGUGGCUCAGACUGUUUGGUACAGCCGGGGGCUUGGCUGCUCAGUCCUUACCCACAACCAUUAGAGACCGAGUGUGCUUCCUGCUGCUGCAGACAUUAACCAACGCCACCUCCCCUCAACUCGUUAACAACUGUGUUGGCUUGCUGUCCCUGCUGGUUCAGAUGGGAGAGGCGGUGUCAGUUCUGAUGAACAGCAAUCAGGCUGUGGGCAGUGAGAACCAGAUCAUCCACAGCAACAACAGCCAGACUCUGAGCCAAAACCAAGAGCAACAGUCCCCCGAGCAUUGCCCUCUGCCUCUCAUCCUGAAAAAGUUGCUGCUGAGUGGUGAUAAGACGUUGCAGUCGGCCAGUGCGAAGUGUAUUGCAUCAGUCUUGGUUCACUCUCCCUCUCAGUUCAGCGCUCCCUUCAUCAAGGCCGACCUACCAGAGUUCCUCUUUGACCGUCUGGCCAGCGGCAGUGAUGACAUGCUUCUGUGGUCUGUCUACAGCUGUCUGGUGUUGCUGACUGAGGAUCCACGCUUCUUCUCUCAGUGUCACUCUGUGUACGGUAUUGAAUCCCUGGUGCGCAGCCUGAAGGAGGCUCUGCAGCUUACUAACAUGGAGGUGCCAAAACAAGGCCUGCUGCUGCUCACUGAGAUCCUGGAAAGGCAGCCUCAUGAUGUACGUCUGUUCCCAAGCUGUGGAGGCUUUGUGGCUGUUUCAGAGGCUGUAAUAGCUGGAGUCACUUCCUCCUGCAUGCUGGUGGCCACACAGGCUGCUAGUGCUGCCUCCGCCCUGCUCAGACUGAACCAUCAGUCUAUACCGGUCCAGUACAGGCAGAUAGAGGAGCUGAUAGAGGCCAUAACUAACAGAUUCCCAGAGCUGACUCCACCUCGUCCUGCUCAUCUUCGAAGCUCUGCAAGUCUGAGGAGGUCAGACCCCAGUAGUCAGGCUUCCAGGUCUGAAGGAUUUCUGCUGCAAGCCUUGGUUUGUUUUCAGGCUGUGUGCAGGUUGGCUGAGGAGUGUGCAUCAGAGCCCGUCCUGAAGGAGAACACAUUCACAGCUCCGUCUAAACACAGUCAGGAUACACUGGAGUCUCUGUGUCAGUGUCUGCUGCGCUGCUGUGACUCUGUCUGGAUACCAACCAUCAUCAAGAUGUGUGAACAGACUCCCAACCCUCAGAUACUGCAGCACUUCUACUCCAUCCUGUCAUCCCAGUUCACCCUCCAACCAUCCUUCAUGCCUGCCUUUGCAAAGAAGCUGGCGUCCUCGGGUUUCUAUCGACUGGCGCUGGAGCACAAAGGACACCUGUGUGCAGGAAACAGGAACCCAAACUUGAAUGCGUCUUGCUGUGGUUUUCUUCUGAAGCUCAGUAUGUGUCUGCUUGCACAGUCAGACCCUUCCUCUGGCUCCAACCAGCAUGAUCUUGAAGAUGUGGAGAAUCUUCUGCAGUACAGCCUUCCCUCUCUGUGUUACCGUCUGUCAGACUGGCCCUCUCUGCUGCGUGACGCCCCGGGGCUCCAGCUGUGUGAAUACAAAGGACCAAUGGCCACUCAGUACUGUCUGCUGAUAACGCUGCAUCUCGCCCUGCAGCAAGGAGAUAGGCUCCUUCCUGACUACACAGUGUUCUCCAGCGUGAUGUGGGUGCUGCAUUCAGUGCAGGAACAGGGCAGCAGUGCAAUGCCUCCCACUGUGCUCCGCUCUGCCCUCUACCUGCUGGCUGUGACACAGGACAAGAGCCCAAGCCUGGAUGGGACUCCUUUAAACUGCAUAAGUAAGGCGCUCUCCUCCUGCCAAAGCUUCUCUUCCCUCUACUUCCACCAUCCUGCACUCCUCCACUUCAUCUGUCAAUACCCGGAGCUCGCAGAAAAAUUUGGGCCUCUAGUCCUGGAGCUUUGGUUGUCAAAGAAAGCCGAGAACUCAGACCCACAGAAGACUAUGGCAGAGUUAGAGGAGAAGAAAGAGAAGAGAGAAAGCCAAAAAGAUGAGAGGCAGGAUCCAGAGACAGAGAGAGACACUGUGGAGCUCCUGACUGUUAUUGAAAAAUACCCAGCAGUCAUAUUAACCCUCCUGGACAUGGUUUGCACUAGAGAGCCCCCCCUAGCAGAGCGAGCUCUUGGAGUUCUUGAGGUUCUCCUGCGUAAUCAAAGACAAUAUGAAGCUGACUUAUGUACAAACCUAAGGCUGACCUUACUCAAUGCUCUGCAAAGGCUCAACCUGGAGAACACAGGAUAUGGUCUCAGGCAGGGACUCAGUGACCAGGCUGUGAACUCACUCCCUCUGGUGCUGAAGCUGCUCUGUGUGAUGCAGAUCAGUGACCCUGCUUCAUCUUCCUCCUACAGUAAGAUGGACGGGGUUCACUUUAAGCUGCUUUAUCAUGUGAGUAAUAUAGCAGGGAGACUGAAGCCGACCAACACAGAGAGCCUUCUCCCUGCCUUCAACUACCUGUACUGCUGCCUGAGUUUGUCACCUGCACACUGCACAGACAGAGCUGUCUCCAUGCUGCUCUCCAACAGUGGACUGAUGGACCAGCUGCAGACAGUCCUCUCCUCCUCCUCCUCCUCCUCCUCCUCCUCCUCCACCACUUCUCCAUCCCUCCCUCCGUCAUCCCGUCCUCCUUCGGCCCUGCUGUGCUGCUGCCAUCUCCUCCUGUCUUUCCUCAUUACCUUGCAGCACUUUCACUCAACUCAGGUCCAGAAGAGCCUCAGAUGGAAUCUGAACACAGCUGUGCACAGACUCCUCGUUCAGAAGAGAAACAUAGACAAUCUUCUGCUCGUCAGCUACCUGAAGCUGCUGCAGGCUCUUCUUGAUGUCGACCUGGCCUCAGCAGUGGUGUGUGUCAGCUCUGACUCCGGUUUGGUCGGGCCCAGACCUCUGGGAGUUGAAGAUGGUGCUUUGUACCCGCUUGGCACCAGAGGCACAAAGCUCCUCUCUACCGCUCUCAGUGGACUCCUUCUGCAGAAACACGAGCUGUUGCUGAGAGUCACAGUCAACUGUCUUGGCUCCCUGCUGGGCUUUCUUCAGAGGAAGAUUCCUGCAGCAGCAAAGUACGUGGCGUGUCAGCCGUGGAGUCGAUUCCUCCUCAGCUCCCUGAUGAGCUCAGGAGAGAGCUGGUUCCUGCACCCUGCUAUCCUCAGAUUCAUCUCAACUCUCCUGCAGCACAGCAGUACAAGCGUGCUCAACGAGCCUGACCUGCUGCAGGUGGUGGAGGCGGUGGAGAAGAGGGGGGUGAAGGAGCUCAGCAAGGACGCAGCACAGGCCCUCAGGCAGCUUCUCACACUGAUCCACAGCGGUGUCCUGCCGCCACCACCCACAGAGGAGCAGCGGCAGAGAGUGAUGAACAUGAUCGAGUCUCUUGGCCUGCAGAUGCAAGCUGAGAGCUACAGCCAAAGUCUGCCCGGCAACGUCUUGUCUGUUGGGGAUGUGUACAUAUGUCUGUCCGACUUCACAGUGAAAACAGGCUGAAGUUUCACUACACUGAUUAUAUGUCUGUUGAACAGCAUCAGCUCUGAAGUUUGUUUCAUUGUUCAUGUAUUUUCACACCUGUUUGGUCCCUGUUCGUCAUGUGUUUCCUGUUCUGGAGCAGCAUCGCUCUCUCUUUGGUUACAAAACAAUACAAGAAAACAUGUUUAUAGUCAGUUGCAUAGAAAAAAGGACAAUACUUAUACGUUUGAGUUUAUCUGCAUUCAACCCCAGUUUUAACUUUAUCAAAUAUUAACAUUAGAAGAUCAGCAGACGUAACAUAGAUAUAAUAACAAACACAACAUAUACACAUACAUAUUUACUGGGUACGAAAUGAGAUUCUAAAAAAAAAUAUUACAUGAGAGUUUUUCUGAUUGCUUAUUGCAUAUUAAUGAUUUUCUGGUUAAGGGCAGGACUGUAGGACAUGGAUAUGUUGCCUGUAAUAAAUUUGUCUGCUUUGCAGAGCAGAGAAAGUGGUCAAGGUGAAACCUACAAACCAUUAGUGUGGUCGUUCAUUAUUGGGAUAGCA